UGGUGAAUCUGGGAGUGGAAAAUCAGAAACUAGAAAACUUUUAGUAAAACAAUUAACCGCUCUAAGUGCUCAUCAUAAAAAAGCUUCUCGUAUUCAAUCUCAGGUCCCUUGUUCCGAGUUUAUUCUGGAUUCUUUUGGUAACGCAAGAACUUGUUCCAAUAAUAAUGCUUCUAGAUUUGGAAAGUAUACCGAACUUCAAUUUAAUGAACGUGGAAAAUUAAUCGGUGCUAAAACUCUUGAUUACCUUUUGGAAAAAAAUCGUGUCUCUAAUGUUCCUUCAAAUGAACGAAACUUUCACGUUUUUUAUUAUUUAAUCGCUGGUGCUUCUCAAGAAGAAAAAGCUCAUCUUCAUCUUACGGAAAUUUUUAAUUACCGUUAUCUUAAUGUCCCUAAAGGUUCUAAAUCUUCUGUUGAAGAUGUCGAUAAUUUCAAUGAAUUGAAACAAGCUCUAAAAUCUCUGGGUUUUCAUAAAAAACAUGUCGCUCAAAUGUUUCAACUUUUGGCUUCAAUUUUACAUUUGGGUAAUAUACAAUUCGUUCAAGAUUCUAAUAAACAAAAGGAGGCUGCUUCCGUUAAAAACUUGGACGUUCUAAACUUGGUCGCUGACUUCUUAGGCCUCGAUCCUCGUUCUCUAGAAAAUGUUCUCACUUAUAAAACAAAAUUAAUAAAAAAGGAAAUUUGUACUGUAUUCUUAGAUGCUGAUGCCGCUUCCAUACAACGUGAUGACUUUGCAAAGGCUCUUUAUUCUUUAUUAUUCAGCUGGAUCGUUGAAUACAUUAACACUAAACUUUGUCAAGAUGAUUUCAAUAGUUUUAUCGGCAUCUUGGAUUUAAUUGGUUUUCAAAAUUUACAAUCUAAUUCUCUAGAUCAAUUCUGCGUCAAUUUUGCAAAUGAAAAAAUUUUUAAUUUCACUUUAAAUCAAAUUUUUGAGGCUCGUAAAGAGGAAUUUCAAUCUGAAGGCAUCAACUUUUCCGACAUACCUUAUCCUGAUAAUAAAGAAUGUUUACGUAUGAUCGCUAAACCUUCCACUGGUUUAAUUUCCAUCAUGAACGAUCAAGCUAACAAAUCAAAUCGUAAAACUGAUCAAACUAUGUUGGAUGCUUUCAACAAAAAAUAUUCUGAACAUGCUUCUUUCAUUCCUACUGGAAAAAGUUUGAACUCUCUUCCAACUUUUGGCAUUCGACAUUUUGCUGGUCAAGUUACUUAUGAUAGUUCUGGUUUCCUUGAAAAAAAUAUUGAUAAUCUUGGUGCAGAUUUUGUUUCUCUAUUUCGUAGUAGUGAAGGUUCAAUUUCUUCUAGUAAUCAAUUCAUUGCUGGUCUUUUUACUGAUAAAGCUGUUGCUACUGAAUCUCAUCCAAGGAAUGAUGAUACUAUUGUUGCUGCUCAACAAUCUGUUAAACCUAUGCGUGCUCCUUCAAUGCGUCGUAAAAAAGAUCAAUCUGUUUCGGAUUCUAGUAAACCUAAAGUAGCUUGUGUUUCUACUCAAAUUUCUUCUGCUCUUGAUGAAUUAU